AUGGCUUCAUCCGCUCGACGAUUCGCGCCUCUGAAAGAGAGCUUGAGGCCAGCAGCAGGCGAGCUGCCUGUGCUAAGAGGCGUCGUCUUUGACAUGGAUGGGACACUCUGUGAACCCCAGACAUAUAUGUUCUCAGACAUGCGGGCAGCCCUUGGAAUACCAAAGUCCACUGACAUCCUGCACCACAUCGAAGAGCUACCGGCAGACAAGCAGCCUGCCGCCCACGACGCCAUCCGCGCCAUUGAGCGCAAGGCCAUGGAGACACAGAAGCCCCAGCCGGGACUCAGGGCACUCAUGGACUACCUCGACAGCCGAUCAGUGCGGAAGGCUAUUUGCACACGGAAUUUUGACGUGCCCGUGAAAAAUCUACUGACGAAUUUCCUGGAAGGCUCGGUAUUCCACCCCAUCGUGACGAGGGAGUUCAAGCCUGCAAAGCCAGAUCCAGCGGGUAUCCUACACAUUGCACAGGAAUGGGGACUCGUCCGUGAUGACGGGCGGGGUGACGGCAGCGGCCUGAUCAUGGUGGGCGACAGUAUCGACGACAUGACCGCGGGACGGGAAGCUGGCGCUGCUACUGUCCUGCUCGGCAACGACGUCAACAGGGACUUGAGUCAGCAUGAACAUACGGAUCUGGUGAUUCAUAGCCUGGAGGAGCUCAUUGAGGUUCUUGACGCGGGUUUCCAAGGGAGAGAGAUCAAUGUCAAAUGA